AACCGAAGCCUAAGUUCAGAUAAAAGAAGUGAAGAAAAAAAGAAAAAGACUGCAGACAGUAAUAAAAAGAGAAAAACACUAAUGAGCGAGGCAUUGAACAGAGACUACAGAGUGAGCGAGGAGCUAGGAAAGGGAAGAUUUGGGGUGGUUUUCAAGGCUUAUUCGUCAAAUUCUGGGGAGCCCUUUGCUGUAAAAUCCAUUGAUAAGAGACUAAUAGCUGAUGAUUCUGUGGAUAGACAAUGCCUGUACAACGAAGCUAAGGUUAUGCAGUUGUUGUCACCUAAUCCACAUGUUUUAAGGAUUUUCCAUGUUUACGAGGAUGAGUGUUUCCUGCACAUUGUCCUUGAGCUUUGCAAUGGUUCUGAUCUUUACCAAAGGAUUGCUGCAAGGACAGUUUUUUCUGAAGCUGAAGCCAUCGUUGUUAUGAGACCAUUGAUGGAGACAAUAGCACAUUGUCACCACUUAGGGAUAGUCCAUCGCGACAUCAAGCCUGAUAAUGUACUAUUUAAUGACUGGAAUGAACUUAAGCUAGCUGAUUUUGGCUCAGCAGAAUUCAUUGAUGAUGGACAACUAAUAUCUGGAGUAGUGGGGACUCCUUAUUAUGUGGCCCCUGAGGUAGUAGCUGGUAGACAUUAUGAUGAAAAGGUCGAUGUGUGGAGUGCUGGUGUGAUCUUGUACAUAAUGCUGGCUGGAUUUCCACCAUUCUAUGGUGAUUCAGCCCCAGAGAUUUUUGAGGCUGUGCUCAGGGCAAAUGUGAGGUUUCCUACGAGGGUGUUCAAUUCACUGUCUCCAGAAGUCAAGGAUUUGCUUAGAAGAAUGCUUAGUAAAGAUGUCAUCAGAAGAUUUUCCGCUGAGCAAGUACUCAGGCAUCCAUGGAUGACAGGGGAAGGAGGUGGUGAAAUCAGACCCGUGGCUGUUGAAGAAGCUAGACCAGUGGCUGUUAUAAGUUGAAACUUCUAUAUCCCCCGACCUAUGUAUAAUCUCAAACUGUACAGGCACCUCGUUGUCUAAAUUCCCAUCUACCUGUCUACUUAUUAGGUCUGCUUUCUUCUAUAAAUGUUGCAAAAAGCAUAGGCUUAAUAUUUUGGAGCUCGAGUUAAAGAGCCGAAGCCUAGAUGAGACUUGAUAAAUCUUGAUCUUUGCAGUGUGAAUGUUGAAUGAUGAUCAGAGCUCGUAAAGGAUUAUCUGAAUUUGUUCACAAAAGUUCAUCAAUCAGUUAUAUCUACUUAUGUUGUUUUCAUCCUC